AUGGAGUUGUUUGGGUUUGUGCUUUUGAUCUUCGUUUUCCAACCAACCUUGAGUCUUUUCGAGAAAGAUUGUGUGGAUCAAGUGACAGUUACGAAUUCGUCAUCUUUGAAUCAAGAAUUCUUGGUAACUUUAUUUAGCAACUGCAGUGUCACGCCUGUGUCUAAAAUGCUAAGACACGAUAUCAAAGAACUUCUAGAUGCCGGAACCAAACUUAUCAUCUAUGAACUGAAGUUUCGAAACCAUUCCGGAAAGAUUCCGGGAGAAUCGGAAUCUGACAUUUACAAACCUUUUCUUUGGGAAAGAAGUACUGGUCGGCAUGGUCAAGGACUUCUGUUUUUGAAGACGGGUUUCGAAAUACUUUCACUUUCAACUCUGAGUUACGGCACUGAAAAUAUGAAAGUAGAAUUACAGGAAGAACCAAUAGGAUGCUUAUUACAAAGGGAUAUAAAGGAAGUAGAGAAAGGUCUUCGACAUAUUUUACUGAAUGAUUUCCAAGAAAUCUCACCAGACGGAGCUGGUGGUAGUCUUAGUGACAAUGAACAUGUCUGCAACAUGCACAUCAAAAAUGUAAACAACAGGGCUGUUUUCUACCACGUGUGUUGUUCUAAAACUCCUAAAGGUAAUAUCGUAUGUAGAGAACUUGUGAAAGACAUAUGGGUCCGUCUUUUAUUCUACUGCAUAUAUUUUAUCAACUUCCUUGUCAUUAUGUUUUGUCCCUAUCUUAUACCCAAGGCGUGGUAUCAAGACAAGUACAGAACUUUGAAGUACGAAUUCAACUGUGAUAACCAAUUCCAAGUCAGAGUAAUGAAGACUUACCGAAACAACCCGCCACCCAUGGACAAAAAUAUUGUGAACAUUGACGACCUGUCGCUAAUGAAUGCGUUUAAGGAACAGUUGGAUGAGAUGGAUGAAGAUACUGUUUAUGCACUCACCCUUUCAAAGAUACAUCUCAACGUUAAGCAUGAGCGUUUAAUUCCUCCAAACGACGUUCCAGUUGGAAUUAUCAGAUCCAUUUACGAUUCGUUUUUUCGUUGUCAAAUCCGGGAAAGGGAUUCUUUAAAACCAUGUUGCAACCGUAAUAUGCUGGAACCUUUCAGAGGAACUCUGUUGAUUAUAAAACAUUUAAAGUGGUAUCACUGUUUACAAAAACUUAUGUUCAUUAUUUCAUGUAUAGUGGUCAUGAUUCCAUGGAUUUUGAGAAUAGCCAUUUUCUAUCGGUAUGAAUACAGUGAACACGAUGAUAAGGACAAUGCUGCACGUGACCGCAAGUUAGCAGUCCACUUUGCAUACUUUUCUGGCAGCAUGUUAAGUUUUUUAACACCUGUUCAUGGCAUCUUUAUUUUUUGCUAUGUUGUCCUGAUAGCAGACGGCGUUCUAUUUGGACUUCUAGAAUUGAUAAGUUCAGAAUUGAAACGAAACAUUGAAAUAGUUCUUCGAAAGUGCUUCGGAGACAUGCAUGAAUCUUCGUAUUCGAGAUCAUUCGGACGGGCUAUAAAAACUUUGCUUUAUCCAUUCAAGGAGUGUGGAGUUUUCGCUUUUUUCAUCAUAGCAAUAUACUGGAUGUUCGUUUUACCAGUUAUUAUCAUGGUUCUAGCAUUUUAUUGCAUACCAACACUUAACAUCGCGUUGCGAUUACUGUGUCAUCUGAUCAUUGUGAUACUCCCAAAUUUUAAAUGUGUAACCAGAUUGAAAGAGAAAAUGGGCGAAUAUGACCUUCCCAGAAGAGAAACUGUUGCUCGUCUGUCUACAAUAGCCAGUGGUGGCUUUCGUGCUGUACAAUUUAUUGCCAUUCUAUUGAGCAUAUUAGCGUUGGUCUCCUGUGUAAUUUUAGCUGUUGAGGUAAUUGUUUUCUUCGUUGAGAUGAUAGUCUACACCUUGAUUGGUGUCAUUCUCAAUGCUUCUCAAACUCUGAAAUACGUUUCCUUACUCUUCAUGUUGUCGCUGUAUGCUCGAGACUGCUUUGGUAGUGUUACUCAGAAAUAUCAAACUUUUAAUCAAGUCAUUCACAAGACACUUCUCGGAAGAGCGAAAGAACAGGUAGACAAGGUGGCAUGGCAGACGGAAGACAGUCAACCGAAUACUGCCUUCCAGAUCAGCGUUGAUGACCAUGAAGACAAGGCUCUACCGAUGGACCCCUUCCCUCACAUGUCUAAUGGCGUCCUGAAAUGGAGAGUUCCACGUGUUCUGUUAUUCUUAGAUAAUCACGAUAAACCUCACAUUACUCGAACAUUCUUUUUCAAAUCCGCCUACAUUGAUCACGUGGGUUGUCCUGGAAGUCUAUACAAAAACUUAGUGAGUGCCCUGCGUCAGUUUUUGACAAUUAUUCUAUUUCUUUUGUUUGUGAUAAUUGUUGUAAUGGCCUUUGGAAACGAAUACUCAGUUUCUGGUGUUAAUCAAAUGCUGGCCACACUCGCCGGAGGUUUUCUACCAUGGGUUUUCCGCAACAUUCUCUUCAAGCCUCCCGUUGACGUGGAAGUAGACACCUCUAGUCUGAGGUUUCAAAAUCUCUUUGAUGACGCAAUAAAGAAUUACAGACAGAACUGGCCGGUAGCUGAUAUUAUUGCAGAUUCAAAGGAACGUGAAAGUGAAGAUGUAGGAACAAUGGGGAAUUGUUCUGCUAAAGGGUUUUCUGCUUACAUGGACACUGGAAGUGUCACAAUGUUAAACGAGGAAUUAGUCCGUGAGAGAGAAAACAACAUAUUGAUUGUGAACAUGUCAUCUAGGGUAAAACGUAAACGUGACAUAAUAGAUGUUUGAUGGGUAGAUUCUUCCUUCUUUUCAAUUGAACGUUAUAUUGUGUUUAAUAUUGAGGGUCUCUUUAUGGUAUAUCUCAAAUUACUUUAUUGAGAUUUUUUCUUUGACAUACAGCGAAAUCGGUAACUUGAUGGCUUUUGUACAUAUUGGAAUGGCAAUAUGACUUACAUAAAAUGUCACCCACAUUCUCCCUUUCUUGGUAUUCCAUAUAUAUUUGUUUAUAUCCAUGAUGUACACAUGCAAAACUUCAGAUUAUGAAAUAGAGUAUUGAACAGGAAAUAUGGAUGGAUACAUAUCGGGUGUAGAAUUUAUAUUUUUUUUUAUUUUGCAAUGCUUAUGUAAUAUUAUCUGUAUUUGACACACAAAUUAAAUUCAUUUUCUUAGCUAUUUGUAUGGUGUAUUUGUCGAAAUAAUAAUAAAACUAUGUAAUAUUCAGUUAAUUGAUCUUAAGGAGUACAGAAGAUGUAUUGCUCAAAUUAAGCUGUGAAAAAAUUUGUUUCGCUUGAAAAUUUUCAUACAUAGUAUAAACUCUGUUUUCAACAUAUGAAUAUG